CGUAGACCAUGAACUCGAAACCAUCGCGAAAUAUAUUUGCUCCUCCGUCUGCGUACCUAGGCAAUAAAGAUUCACUUGCAGAGCCUAGUAGUUGACGCAUCUUGUGGAAGUCGACAAGCCACACAACAAGCACUUCUCCUGUCAUGGAAUAAGCAGCACUAGUAACCCUGAACGCUUCUUCUAUAGUCGAGAAGACAUCCUCUCAUUUGCAUCUACUAGGGAUAAGAAACCCUUACUCUUACACUCUUACAAGACACCACACAAAAAGAAAAUGGCGGUCUCUGAAUUAGAUAUGGCGCUGCACCGCAGCGUCAUGGAGAGGAGAGCUCCUAUCGAAGAGCGCAUGGCCGAAGAGGACGCGAAGAAACGAGCUAAGUGGUACGAGGACAGAGAGUCACUCGGCGGCGCGCAAUUGACGAAGGAAAAAAUCAAGAAGAUCUUGAGGAGUGAUAGACGAUUGUACUAUAGUAUACAAUGAUAACGAUGUUAUUGAAAGAAAAGGCGUUCGUUUGCUAUUCUCAUUAUCUAGGUAGUUGUAGUUGUGAUGUAGCUGUUGUUUCAUGUCGAAAAUGACUGUGAUUGUUCUUUUAUAGCUUGACAAAUAUCUAUUGCAUCUCCACUAGUACAGCAUCUCCUUACUCUUACAUCGUCAGGAAACUGGCGUCAGCACUUCCCAUCAAAAUGCAUUCACCUCCAAAACCAGAUACUACGUCACAGCGGAGUUAAAUGAGAAGCUGUACCUCCACUUCGGAGGCUACUCGAGGAUCGAGAAUUUGGAACCUUUUGUCAAUCUAAGGACCUUGUACUUGGAGUCCAAUGCAAUAGAAAAAAUCGAUGGCCUCGAGAAAUGUACGCAAUUGCGAUCGCUGUUUCUGCAGGAGAACUGUACUGAUAAGUACAAUAACGUUGAUUAAACAGCACAACCCCCCUUGUAAGUAGUUGAUAAAACAGGAGCACAAAUCAGGUAUCAAAAAGUUGAGCGGCAUCGACCACCUCAAGGAGCUGAAAACACUGAAUGUGUGCAACAAUUUCAUAUACAAGAUCGAAGGACUGCCAGAAGGACUUGAAACCUUGCAGAUAGCAAACAAUCAGCUCGGACAUUCCGGUACUACUGUAGUAUAAGAUUUGUUUGAGAAAUUCCGGUCGCCUAUCUACUUGUAAGCUGUCUAAGCUAGUACAAAUGUGAAGAUUUUUUGACGUAGAUAAGAAACACAAGAAGAGUCAAGACCAAAGUUGGUGUAGAGCACUUGUUGUAUCAAUGAAGUUAGAUCACUAGAAAUCUUACUUCUUUUCCUCCACUCGUAUGAUGCAAACAAUCAGCUCGGACAUUCCGCCGGUACUACUGUAUUAUAAGAUUUGUUUGAGAAAUUCUUGCUUAUUUAUCUACUUCUAACUUUCCUCCACUCGCAUCGCCACAACUGCCAGGCCUCGACGACGUGCGCGAAUUAGCGGAGAGCAAAAUCCAUGUCCUAGAUUUGCAGGGGAACAAGAUACAGUUAUGAUCAACGAGCAGAAAAUAUUGUGUUGAGAAGAAGUCUAAACCACCACGGGUGAUACAUGAUCAGAGAUGCACACACGACCACCAUGCUGAGUGAAAAGAACCUUCCAUCACCACCCUUCUCUUCUGAUAAUUGAAUCCGCAUAAGCACCUCCCACCACCACCCCUUCUCUUCUAACAACUGAAGCCGCGUUGAUCGAGGACGUUAUCGCGAAGAUGCCAGAGUUGAAAGUGCUCUACUUGAAAGGAAACCAGAUGGUGUCGGCAAUUAAGUCCUACAGGAAACGGGUAAUGGACCUGACACGAUUAUUCCCUACCUAGAAUCAAUAUCUUCUUUGUCCUAGGUCAAUCAAUGUGACUUGACAUUGGUUCUUAAGUGCUGUACCAGUAGUAGUACAGAUUGCAGUUCUAGUUCUUAUCGUCUUCAUUGGCGGUUUUGAUGAUUGCCCAGCAGACCAGAGACUAGUCUAUUUUUCCGCCUAUUAACUACAACAUCUUAUUUUCCACCUACCCCACUGUUGCUGAUGACAGCUCUCUCAUGAGAUUGAAACACGCAACAAUUUGUCGGCGAGCGACAUAAAAAACUCACUGCACCACCUCACGCUAGGCACAUUCAUUCAUUCAUUCACUCACUCACAAGUUGAAACGCUUCACAGGUAAUAACAGCUCUCUCAUGAGAUUGAAACACAAACACCUCACAAGCUGAAACGCUUCACAGGUAAUAACAGCUCUCUCAUGAGAUUGAAACACAAACACCUCACAAGUUGAAACGCUUCACAGGUAAUAACAGCUCUCCCGGUGUUGA